AAUUGCUCGCGAGUGGUUGCUCAUUUUUUGGCUCGUCAUGCGAAUGCAAUCGAACCGCGUAAUUAACCGGCAAAACGUUCGUAAAGUAUAAGAAACCUACAACCCACCGAAAUCGGUAAAUAAAUAAAUCGGAGAGCGGCAAAGUAAAAGUUCUAGGAAGAAAAUCUAAUUGUGACUUUGCGAAAAAGAUGGUGAAAUAAACGAAACACUUUUAAUAUAAUGAGAGAAACGCACUCGAUACAAUAAACGCGCAUACUUAACCAAUCCCUAACAACAAGAACAGUUAAUUGAAAAAAACGAACUGCAAAGUGAAAUGUUGGCGAGAUGUGUUUUGUUCGUCACCUGGCUGGCAGUCUUCAUUGCGACUGGGAAAAGUGAUGAUCAGUUGAUGAAGCUCCCCGCCUGCGCCGCCAAACAGGGCGAGUGCGAUGAUAACGAGGGUUCCGUCUGCGGCACCGACGGCCAGACCUAUCCCACCAGGUGUCACCUGCUGCGGGCGCAGUGCGGCGGCCACCAGGUGAGCCUCAAGUACAGCGGAUCCUGCAAUGCAUGUUUGGAGGCGGUAAAAUUCGCCCGUCGUCAGAAGGAACGUGAUCCCGGAUACUUUGUGCCCAAGUGCAGGAAGGAUGGCAACUUUGCGGCGAUGCAGUGCUACGGGAGCAAUGGAUGCUGGUGCAGCGACAGCCAGGGCAGGCCCAUCGAGGAUGACUCCAAUAAAUUCCGACGGAACGGAAAGCUCCGCUGCAGGGCUAAUCGACGCGAUCGCCGACGCCUGGCAUCCCAUCAGAUUGGCUAUAGUCCGGAUACUUCCGCCUCCAAGGGAAGUGCAGAGACAGGAUCUUCUGCCCACCGACCCUGCAGCAAGUCCGAUCGGCUGAUGUUCAACACUAAUCUGAUGCGCAUGAUCCGCAACGAGGCCCAGAGCUUUUUCCGCCAGCCCUCGCUGUCGGAUUCCCACAUACUGGAGUGGAAGUUCUCCAAACUGGACACGAAUGGCAACAAGUUGCUCGAUCGCCAGGAAGUAAGGGAGCUGAAGAAGGUCCUCAGGCGGAAUGUGAAACCUCGAAGAUGCGGACGCACCUUUGGCAAAUACUGCGAUGUCACCAAGGAUGCAAACCUCAAUUUGCUGGAGUGGAGCAUCUGCUUUACCAAAGAGUUUAACAACCGUAGCGCUGUCGUUGCCCUCCUAUCCAGCAGUGCAGCUACCGCCCCGCCGCACUCCACCCACUACAGCAUCCACAAUACGAACCACCGAGGUCAUACCAAUACCAACAUUAUAGGUAGUGGCCACAAUCCGCACUCGUACUCCGAGGAUGUUAGUGGCAGUGAUGAGCACGAGGACAACUACGAGGACAGCGGGACGGGUUACGGAGGAGAAGAGGAGGACUCGCAGGGUGCAGAUCUGCCCAGCUCGCGAACCCACAUCCCAUCAUUAUAUAGGCAGAAUAAAAUGUAUGUUAACGCGCAAAUCUUUACAGUGCUCAACUCGAAGCCAGAGGCAACGAGCCAGGACAUAGAGGGCGAAUCCAACUGCUGGAUAGACCAGUCGAUGACACGGGAGGAGCAGGGCCAUGGCGUUAAGAACGUUCUAUUCGUGCCGCAGUGCCUGCCGGAUGGUCGCUACCAGCGCAUCCAGUGCUACUCCUCCACGUCCACCUCGUACUGCUGGUGUGUCAACGAGGAUACGGGCAAGAGCAUUCCGGGCACAUCGGUGAAGAACAAGAAGCCGCAGUGCGACGAAACUGUGGUGGUGCGACCGAUGAAAGGAUGCACCGAGCCGCGCAAGACGCAGUUCCUCAAGGAGCUGAAGGCCUACCUCAACUCAUCCCUUCUGCCAAGCAUCACCACUGGCACCAAUUCUAGCACGUGGAAGUCAGAAGAUGAGCGGAUUGCCACGUUGAGCUUUGUCGUUCUGGACAAGAACAAAAAUAAGUCGUGGGAUCGGCGAGAGUGGAAGAACUUCCGCGAUCUUGUCACCAGUGCCAGCAAUCUGCGCAGAUGUGGCAAGAAGAUGCCGCGCUACUGCGACGUCAAUGGGGACAAGAAGAUCUCGCUGCCCGAGUGGCUCAACUGCCUGCAAGCAACUCCGCGGGAAAGUGCCACCACAGCCAAGCCGGCACAGUCAAAUGAGACGGCCAGCCCAAAACUUCAGGGAUUUAAUCCGCUGGAGCGAUAUCUGAAAGAUUAACUGGGAAUAUGAAAUGCCCCAUCCGUGCUGCUGCUGCUACUACUCAUAAGAUGCCAUGACACACACAAAACCACACUAAAACACUCACCAGACUCCACCACUCAAAAUAGGGAGGGUCGAUUUUUUGGAUUAAUAAACUUUUAACUAUGCUAAGUGACAUUUUUUUUAAGAAAUAUAAUUUCUAGCUUUGCACCACAAAACAUAAAUCAUAAUUUUUACAUAUCUCACAUUAGUAGACAAUCCAAUCAGUAGGCAACAUAUAUUUUUACAACGUUUUAUUAAUGGUAUAAUACUGAAGUUUCUGCACAAUUGUAAAACACAUAAAAAUUCAAUAUCUUAGUAUCUAAUCCAGAAAUCAAAUAUUCUAAGUUGUUACUUCAGAAUUAAACUAUACCUUAUGUUCUUUGGUUCGUAGACACUUUAAACUUAAGUUACCCAGAAUUUUUCCGUAGAACCCUCGAUCUGCACAAUAAUUAGUCCAAGAAAUCGAUCCACCCCGAACCGCAUAUACACACAGACACAUUCCUAGCAUUAGAUUCUAUAAUUUACAUGUGUAUGUUACUAAUUCUUAAUUAGUGUUGUAAAUAUUAUCGGACAUAAAUGUUUAAGCUAA